AUGUGGGUUUCAAUUCCUCAAAACAAUAUCUCCACAUAUUAUGUGGGUUUCACUCUAUUUGUGCUAACAGGGCGCAGUGAAUAUCAAGGAAAUGCUCCCAGUAAAAAUCUUAUUUUUUCUGGCUAUUCUGACUGGGAGAAACUUAUCUUGAGGGGACCUUUAGACCAAGGCGUACCAGCAACUGUCUACAAAUCUCAAAAGAGAAAGCAGCUAGUUGAUGAUGGUAAUAGGAUUCGCGGGAACUCAGGAGAUCAAUGGAGUGAUUUGUUGGGCUUUGCAAUAGCAAAACGGUCCUUCAAACUCCAAAAUCCAAUGUAUUACAUUGCUUAGGAAGAAAAUUGAGCAUCAACCAAUAACUCCUAAAUCCAAUGUACCACAUUUCUUAGAUAGAAAAUGAGCUGGUGUUUAAUGUUCAUUAUAAGAGAAAACACAAUAGAUCACAUGACAGAGCAUAUACUCCUUAUCCUAGCAUUAAUGAUUCCAUUGGCUAAUCAAAGAUUUAUUAA